AUGGCGGGACUGGGACCCUCCCGGCCGCCGGUGCCCAGGGGAGCAGCGCCCGCUUCGGGGGGCUGCUGGGGGCGGGCAAAUGCUCCCACGGGGCCGCCGGGAUCAUCCCCUGGGAGAGAGGGUGGCCCCAAAAAGCUGCGCAGCAACAUCCGGAGGAGCACGGAGACCGGCAUCGCGGUGGAGAUGAGGACCAGGGUCACCCGGCAAGGCAGCCGGGAGUCCACCGACGGCAGCACCAACAGCAACAGCUCCGACGGCACGUUCAUCUUCCCCACGACCCGGCUGGGUGCCGAGAGCCAGUUCAGCAACUUCCUCGAUGGGCUGCGCCCGUCCCUGCAGGAUGUGGCCAUCGGUGAGGGUGCUGAGCACAUCUCGUCCCUCUGCCUAGGCGAUGUCCACGUCGGCAUGGCUGACCGGAACGGGCAGCUGGAGGUGGAGGUGAUCCAGGCGAGGGGACUUAUCCCGAAGAUGGGCUCCAAGGCCAUCCCUGCCACCUACGUGAAAGUUUACCUGUUGGAGAACGGCGUCUGCCUGGCCAAGAAGAAGACCAAGAUGGUGAAGAAAACCUGUGACCCGUCCUACCAGCAGCCUCUGCUCUUCGAGGAGAGCCCCCAGGGCAAAGUCCUGCAGGUCAUCGUCUGGGGAGAUUACGGGCGCAUGGACCACAAGUGCUUCAUGGGGAUGGCCCAGAUCGUCUUGGAGGAGCUCGAUCUCUCCAGCGUGGUCACGGGCUGGUACAAACUCUUCCCCACCUCCUCGCUGGCCGACUCCAGCAUGCGGUCCGCCCCCGCCCGGCCCCCCUGGGGGACCUCCCCCAGCCCCUCCUGCCCGUAG